AUGUGGCCCGGAAUCCUCUGCGUCGCCGACGAGGCGACGAAACAGCCAGAAGUCAUCUGCGAGGUUGAUGCUGUGCCCUCGAUCUCCACGAUGCCGACGUCGACCGCUGCCGGCCCUGAAGCCCGAAAGAGAUCGAUCGCUACGUCCCCCAUCGCCGCCUUCCUCACAAACGAUUCGCCCGUCGUCAAGAAGUCGCGCGUCUUCCAGAAUCCAGCCGACACCCUCAUCUCGUUCGAACAGUUCACCCGUAUGCCGAUCGAUGUGUGGCUGUUGGUGAUGAACCUGCUGAACCCGCUCGACCUGCUGAACCUCGCCUAUUCUGACGUCUUCUUCAAGGCGCUGAUCACCAAGUCGCCAAAGCGCUGGGGCACGAUCGCGGAGCUGGCGAAGGGCAUCCAUUACUACCUGCCAACAGAGGAUGCAACUUACUACAGACUGACGCGCCGCGGGGACACUUGGGAGAGCAAGCAGAACUACUUGUUGACGUAUGGUGAUGUAUACGGCGUCAAGCGCGGCCGGUACUUUCACUAUCCGCCGUUGGAUGAUAAACGCUGCCAUUACGUGCCCCCUGAUGAGGAUCGUGAGCCGUCGGCCGUCCAGGAUCUCUACAUUCUCCUGAAUAACGCCACCUUCGACCAGUUCGGAUUCGGCGCCGGCUGGCCGAUGCCCGACCCGAAGAAGUACAAGAACAUCCCGUACGUGCGUGCCCACACCGCCAUGCUGCCGAUCGAGGGCCCGAAACAAGUCCUGUGUCGCCAGAUCGCCGAGACGAAGCCGUACUGCGUGGCCGUCCACUGCAAUUCGGCUGGCCAGGCUGGCGAGCUAAGGGCUGUGAUCAACGACGUUUUGAUUUUGAUGCCGGACUUGAAAAAGCUUUGGCUCCACUUCGGCCGUGAGAUCUUGGAGACCGAGUGCCUCGUCGAUGUGAAGACGCCCACCAUCGUUGUCUACAUGGCCGUGAUGAAGGAAGUGCCUGGCGGUGCUGACGAUCACCACAAAAAGUACGAGCCAAUCUCCGGCCUGCUCGAGCAGUUCAACCACACGCUAUUCCCCACAUUGCAAACCAUCAUUACGCAAUGGGAAAAUCGGGAACGUGAGAUCGACUACAUCGAGCUGAAAGUGCAGAAAACUUUUGGCAGCAACGGCUACGACCGAGGGGUCGCCUGGCACGAGCUGGAUGAGGAAUUCGAGAAGCUGCCAAGCAGGUUGUGCGAGGGACGAGUCGACGUGCACGAAAUCUCGAUGGGCGAUUGGUACUGCAUGAUCCGUCGUGGGCCGUGGAGCAACGAGGGCCUUAUCGUCACUAUUCGAGGGGGCAGCAUCAUACUCUGCGCCUGCAGCUACACGUCUCGCAGACAUCUUUCAUACCACGACUGCUGGGCUUACAACGACGCUGUGGACGCGGCUCGGGGGCAGCUCGAGAAGAUUUGCAAACGGGAACGGACCAUGGAUGGGCAGUGGAUUGGGCAGGAUCGUGCCGUGACGAAGCACCGCUGCGAGGUGGUCGUCAACGAAUGGAUCAACUCCGAGAUGUACAAGACGUUGCCACCCCGCGAGGUGCUCAUUGAACGCAAGAUUUACAACUACUGGUCGUAUCCGUCGUAUUCAUGGCCAUUUAUGCAUGACGAGCUCGGAACCAAAGACGACCCGAUCCUGAACGCCUACAACGACCUCUUCAACAAGGAA